AUGGAGAAGGCUUUUCUUUGCGUUGUGUUCCUGCUGCUGAUUUAUGGAGGGGCGCCUGAAGAAAAGGAGAGCCAGCUGUCCACCGCCUCCAUGGGUGCGACGGAGCCUCCGGCGACAGUUUCGGAGGGGACGGAGGGGCGUGGCACAUCCGACCCCAACUUUUCUGGCAGCACCGCAGAAGUCGGACUAAAUCAGACGGAGAGCCCCACCGAUGGAGAGUUGCAGCCGAACACAACGUACCUUCCGCUUGAAAAGAAACGUAAGUUGUCUCCACCCCCUGGCCUAGUAGUUGCGAAGAGGACUUUCUGGAACCCCGAAAGCCACUUUACUUUCUCUUCGACCUUUCUAUGGAAACCCUGACUCCUCUUUUCCCCUAUGCGAUUGCCUUUCCUCCUCUCAACAUCCAACACCUGUUUACAAUAGUUUCACUUCAGGCAACUUUCCUUUUAACCCAGGGUCUCCAGGUGGUGGAAUCCAGAAGAUGCCUUGCACUACAAUUCCCAUCAGCCCCACCAAGCAUGGCUGUGGUCCCAGAAGCCCCACGUCACACAGCUCUUUUGUAGUCCUAAACAUCCGCUGGGGGACAGCAGGCUGCCAAAAGGAAUAUAGCUAACUAGUGGUUUUGAUAUUAUACCACAGGAUCCUAGGUAGUGCUCCGGACUGAGCCCAGGGUUGCCUCCCUUCCCUUCUGCUCUCUUGUCUGAUGCAUGGCCUAAGCUUGGCAUGGAGCUUCAGGACUACUUGCAGAAUUUGAUUUUGGUUUCCUUCAGUCUGCCCUCCUUGUUCUGCCACCAUCUUUCAAGAUCCUCUGCCUGCAGAGUUAAUAGCUGGGAGCCACGAUACUGAAAGUUUUCUCUCAGUAAUUUAGACUGCAUGAAACCAAAGUUUGUGUAGUUUCAACAUUUGGUCAGCUUUCCCCAUUCCUGCCUAUUUUGGACUGCAGGGGGGGGUGUCCCUUUCUCAGCCCUUCUACUUGAGUUAGAGGGAGUGGAACUUGUAAGGAGAGUCAAGCAUCCUCUUAACCACUAGACUGCACCCCCUAUAUGAAAUUAUUGGUUUCUUGGUACCAGAAUGGGAGUUGGUAUGACUUUCUGGUCCACCUCCCAUUCUUGGAUGACCUGUGUAUUACAGCUUCUGAGGUUUUUCUUUAUCUUACUGAUACAUUUUGUAAACUGCCCAGAGAGCUUGAGUGAUGAAUAAAAUGAGACUCCUAAAUAAUCUCUCCUUGUUUUGCUUGGAGAGCAGUGAGAUACUGCAUGGCUGCCUUAACCUGGCAUUAUAAGGUAUCGGUUGGAACCGAACUGUAAGAUGAACUAUUGAAGGACAGGCGUGUGGGAAAACCUGCAAUCAAAAUUACAAUUAUGAUUGCUAAAUAAGCAUAUGAAGGGGGUUAAGGCUGACAUAGUUCCUUUAUUCCUAGAGAAGACAGACAGGAAUAGGACAAAGGAUCUUAAUCUUUUCUUCUUCCUACUUACCUCUGUCUCUCUCUUCUUUCAAGCCAAUGAUUGCUUGGGCUUUUCUUAGAGUCCAGACUCCAUUUUUGAAACUAGUUUUGUAUUUUGUAACUAAAAAGUAAUUGUACAUGAAUACUGCUUUGAUAUAUUUGCUGCCUCCAUUGAAAUGUAAGUAAACCUUUUUGUUUUUACUAAAAUAUGUGACACAUUAAUGGGGACAAAGAAGGGAAAGGUUAGCAGGAUAAGAAGUGUGCUUUUACUCUGCUAAAAGUGCUCCGCAGCCUGUUUACUCUGUUUCUCCUGCACACCUGGGACAGGAGGUUUAAAUUUUAAUUUACAGGUUUAAACCUCAAUCCAUCUCCAUGAAGGGGUGGGUCUUGAAGAUCCUGGAUCUGUAGGGGUGCCCGCAAAAAGUCAUGACUGACAAGGUAUCUUCUAUUUUUCCUCCUCAGGUCGACAAUACUACCCAUGGGUGCUCCUUCUUCUGCUUUGCUUUUCACCAUAUGUUGUCGCUUUAGUCUCUGUUACUGCCCGUUGCUUCUUUUCAAGGCAAUGCAGAGCCCGUUGGCAAUGUGGAGGAAGUGAUGUGGAGAUGAUAGGUAUGCGGCUAUUAAACAGUUCUGACUCUGAAAUUCCAUCUCCUGAGACUUCUGACGACUAG